AUGGUAGGUUCUAAUGUAUCUUUCACUUGGUUAUUAUUCAUAUUGAUCAAUUGUUUAUUAUGUGUUGUAGCUAAUACAGAAACUUUUCAAGUUUCAUUACCUCGUGGUGAUCCAAUUGUUAAUAUACCGUCAAUUAUUAAUACUGAGUUAAAUAUUUGGUCAUUAGAUAUAUCAUCAAAUGUAAUUGAUUCAAAACCUAUUCUAUUAAGAUUUGAAUAUGAUAAUGCUAUUAACUCGGAUAGUUAUGAUAUGCAAUUGUAUUCUUUUAAGAUUUGUUGGUCUGCUAUAACACCAAUAUCUUAUAAGAGUGAAUCAUUUAUAGUUAACCAUACUACUACAACAGAUAAUGAACAAAAAUUAAUUUAUGAAAUUUCAUUUAUUUUCGAAAAUGAUUCGUAUCCAAAGAUAGAUUUAAAUGAAUCAAUAAUAAUAAUAAAUUGUUCAUUAAAUAAAUUAAUAUGGGGUUUUUUACCAAGUGAAUUAUUACCAAUAAUUUUAACAAUCUUAAUAACUUUAUUAUCAAUUAUAUCAUUUUAUAAAAUUUAUUUAUUUAUUUAUUAA